AUGUCGUUGUUUGGCAGUUUAAAAAAUUGUACUCAAUCAAAAAAUCUCGAAACCGUAGAUGUUUCCGGUUUAUCGCAAUAUUCAUAUCGAUCACUGGUUGAUAAAGAUGAAAUUGGCGACGGCGGGUUUGCCGUUGUGUUUACAGCGAUGCUCCCGGGUGAACAUGAAAAGAUUGUGGUUAAAAAACUGCUGGACUCGAGUCUUGAAGCAAGAAAAUUACUACUGAAAGAAGCACGACUUAUUAGUCAAUUAAAUCAUGCAAACAUCGUCAAAUUUAAAGGAAUCUGCCUUGACCGAUAUGCACUUCUGAUGGAAUAUGUCUAUUUCGAUUUUAAGCCCAUCGGACACGAUUUAAUUGUACACAACCUAGCUGGAUUUCUGGCCUUUUGCGAACAGUCUAGUUGCGAUGGAAUGCAUCGCUCAAUAUUCCAACAUGCCUCUUUUGACAUUGCGUCUGGCUUAAAAUACCUCCAUCACAACAGUAUUACUCAUCGUGAUUUAAAACCAGAAAAUGUUUUGGUUUCUAAUCACCAUUACAGCCAAUUCUCUGAUACAGAAAUUGUCAACCGUAUGGUUUCAGUAAAACCACUUAUCUGCAAGCUGGCAGAUUUCGGCGAAAGUCGAUCAAGAGACAUCCGCACGGAGCAAAUCUUAAAAUCGAAAACCACGCACCUGAAUAGAGGUAUGUUUAAAUGUUAUGAUAGGCUACAAUUAGUGUUCUUUUUUCUAUAAAAAUAAGCAUUCUCUCUUUUAAAACGCGCACACAACGUGCAAUACAGUUAAGAAAUAGAAAACAUUUUCCGUGUUUCUAUAAAUGGGACGCGAAGUGUAAAUGUAUUAUUUAACAAACUUUUUAUUGGGUAGGGAUAAAACACGGAUACGGAUGGGACGGAUACGGAUGAGGGGAUAAAACACGGAUGAGGAGAUAAAACACGGAAUAGGGGGGGGGGACAUGGAUGGGUGGAUAAAACACGCGGAUGGGGAAUAAACGUAACAGUACGCACAUACAAUAAGUGCGAAAUGUUUGAGUACCUGUUGAACUGAUAAAGAUAACCAAGGAUUCAGUUUAUUUACUUGAUACUUUUGAGAUCAAUACAAAAUUUAUCGAGGAAGCUCGAGAAACAAGGCACUCGACACAUAUUAGUUGCUUGUACUAGGAGUUUACGUUUAAGUUAAUUUUCGUUUUCUCGGUUUUUCCAAAUAACCAGCCGUUUUUAAAAUAAUUAUUUGAUGUAUAAACCAAGCGGUAGCAUUUUGUUUAUAUUACAUGUAAAACUCUUUGUCGACAUUGGCAUUGCCCCAAUUUGCUAUUUUACAAUUCAAUAGCUUUUUAAUGUAAAUAUCUCCGCGAGUAUUUACCCUCGUUUAAUAAAACGAAAAACAAUGUUGAAAUCCUCACGUCAAAACAAUACACAAAGCAAAACAAUUGUACAUUUUAAAUGUCCAAUUGUUUUGCUUUGUGUGCUAUUUUGACAGGGGGGGUAAAUACUGGCGGAGAUAAUACAACUGUCGCCGGGUCGCGGGUUCUUUUCGCGGGUCGCGGUUUUUUUUCGCGGGUCGCGGGGUUUUUUCGCGUGUAUUUUCUCCGCGGUCUGAUUUUCCUGUCAGCAAAAAGGUUGCAAAUUUUUAAUGAUACCCAUGUGUUAUGUACAGUUCAGCAAAAAUAAACAUGGCAACGAUCAACCCUUAACGCUACAGUGUACAAUAUAUAUGCGUAUAUAAGGCUCACUUUGUCGCACGUUCCCAAUACCUGCUGAUUUGGAACAAGUAAACAUCUUCGCCGCCGAAAUGACAACAACUUCUUCCUUUUCAAAUAAGAUAAAGAUGAGUAUAUACGUUUUUCCAAGCAGCCGCCUUGUUUGAUUUUGAUCGGAAAUUCAGGUUUUAAUGCGUAGCAAUAUUAAAAAGUUGCAAGUUUACCGCUUUCGCUUUGGCGCAGACUUCGUCAUGUUGAAUAUUUAGUGCAGACUACAGCAUAUGAGUGAUGAAAAAGUAUAGAAAACGUCGCAGCACAGUACAGGAAUUUGCUUACGCUAUCGGCAGGGGCGACACUACCGGGGGUGACCCCCCAGUCUCUAUCUCGUUAGGUAUAUCCAUACAAUUUCUUCAGGCAAAUUUUGAAAAUAUUUCAGGUGAAAAGUAAUAGUUUUGAAACGUAAUAGUUAUCGGAUUGAAAAGUAAUAGUUGUAGGAAAAUGUUUGAUAAAUUUACGAAAAUAUUACUGAAUAUGUCCGGAAAUCCGCCCCCAAUAUUCUAGUGUGCGCAAUGCGACAAGAUUGAUCUAUGGUAUAAACCCCAUAGCAAAAACGCGUACGAAGUAUAGAAAAUGAUAAAGUAACUUGAAAAUUUGAUAACUUAGGUACUCUUGGAUUCAUGGCACCGGAACUUCUAAUGAAUAGCCCAGCAGUUACUGAAGCUUCGCUCGCUGAUCUCAUGAUGGCUGACAUAUGGGCGUUCGGUAUGGUUGUGUUCAAUUUAAUCAACCCAGGAUUACAGCAUCCGUACGAACUAAAUAUGAAGAACCACGUAAGAACGCCAUUAAUUUUGUUUCAAGAAUUUGCGAGGAAGAACGAGAGGCCAGUUAUGCAAUCAAAGUACGAAUCGCUGCAAAGUGGUGAAUGGGCCGGCUUGAAGAACACGUUUGAAUUGUGCACUACAUUUGAACCUUCGUCACGACCAUCCAUCAAGAAUGUACUUGAGAAUGUUGGACAAGAAAUGAGAGCAAGUUCCGUGAUCGACGAAAAUUUAUCCGAAAUUCACCUGAAGGUUAGCCAGGCAACAGCAAUACAGAAUGUUGAUCAAGCAAUCAUUCAAAGACCCGAAGAAGAAAAAAGUCAACAGUCAGUCCCUGAUGUCGGCUUGGUUAUUGCAGAUGAUGCAACAAAUGCAUGCGCGUUCCUGACCAUGUUGAUUGCUCACGAGUUGUAUUCGUCUAGACUCCUCUCCUGGGGGGACUUGGCUACCACAGCCGAAGUAAUCAUCGUUACGCAGCCACAUGUCUUUAAUAGAUUCCGUGACGUUUCACUUCAUUAUGAUGUAAUGGAAGCUUAUACUUUAUUGAAAAAUAAUAACUGCCUCCCAGGUUAUUUUUAUAGUUUCACAGAAGAAAUUCCUUUCCAAGAGAAUGCUUUAUCACCGCGUGGUAAGGAUAAUUUGCUAAAAGCAGUCGCUUCGUUUUCAUCACGAGAUCCUUCGUUCGGUUUUUACACGUGUGGCAAAUUCAUAUUUCUAACUGGGUUUUACAAGUCGGAAAUGUUUAUCUUGGACACGCACGAAGUUCCAUCUACUGUUGGUGGAAAAUCUGCUGGGCUUAUCAAGCGAUUCUGUGGUUCUCAAGAAAAGGCUGCUGAAGAAUGCUGUCAAUGGUUAUGGAAGCGAUUGGCAUCGUCUAAGUUGGAUGGCCCUCAAUCCUUGGCAAUCAUGGUCAAGCGUGACUCAGAAAGGUUUGUGAGUUGUUCCAUCAUUCUUUUCGUACAUUUAUCUGGGGUUCGAGUGAGCCGAUUCAACCUAAAUAUCUCCAAUUGCAGCGAUCCCAAUUCGGCCUUGUAAUAAAAAACAAAUAAAAUGCGUGUAUGUUUCUUUUCUGCCUCAGCUUUAUUUAACUGUUUUUUUCCUUAUAAAUAGCGACAAGCGGGGUAGCAGGGAAUCACCAAAAGAACAGAAUAACAACGAUGAAAUCUAUCGCGCUAGUAAUCCAGUACAGACGAUUGAUGGUGAUGAAAUAACAUCUGAGCAAGGAGUUCAAAUCGACGAUAACCAAUGUGACGACGACAACCUUCAACACUCCCCUUGUUAUACUGGUGAAACUUUGCACGACGAGCUUAAGCGCAUGUCUCAAAACCAGGACUGCAGCGAUCAUGCAAACGUCUUAGAACAUGCACAAUCCAUUGAGGAGACAGAGCAACAGAACAAUCGUGAAUGUAUUAAAAGAAAGGAAGUACGUACGAAACACAUAUAUUAUGAUAUGACACGUAGCUCAUAACUUUAUGACCGCUCAACUGUAUUCCUCUUUUCCAUGUACUUUUAUUACAGCAUACUUUGAUCUUUUUGCUCCAAUUACACCGCUUCAAUCUCUGACACGUUUAAUUGUUUCAGGACUCUGACACAUCAUUUAUAGUGAUUGGAAUAAAGAUAAAAUAAAACAAUGUAAUAUAAUGAUAAAUCUAUUGAACAAAAUGUACUUGUAAAACAAUGUACUUAUCCAGGUAAAUUUGGGAAAUUGUUGAGUGAAUACAGGGGCGUAGGAAGCAUCAAAAGACUGGAGGGUACCGGCUUCCAGGGGCACUUUUGGAUAUUGAAAAGGCCAAGGGCACCUAAAAAUAUUUCCCGGACAUGUUGGCGAGAGAAGGGGGGGGGGAGGGGGAGGGGGCAGGAAGAAAAAUGUUCUUGUCAUACUAUACCGAAAUUGGACGUUUUCUUACCAUUUUUUUUUAAAAAAAACAUCGAAAUUUCCACUGAACAAAAAGGGCACAUUUGAUGUUAAUUUAGUAUUUACAGCGACAUUAGCUUGUACAAAAAGGGCACUUUUCAUCAUCACAAAAAAGGGUACUUCUGGUAUUUUGAAACUGAAUUGGGCCGCCCAGUUCCUACGCCCCUGAGUGAAUAUAUGCAAAUGCUCUUUAUCUCAACUUCUAAAAUCAACAUUUUUAGGUUUUAACCAUCUCUUCGAGCGAAGAAUCUGAUUUUGAAGGCGAUUGUCCUCGAGUCUGCAAAACGUGAGUUAAAAAAUAGUGAUCAAUUAUUUAGCUUUUGUAAGCGAACUCUGCCAUUUUGAUUUGCCGAGUUUUAUUCCUAAAUUGUCUAGACCACGUAAAAGCACAUCGCCAAGUAACAGUGAGAAUGAUGAUGAUGAAUUUAGCAGUAUCGAAAGAAGGUAAAAUAUUUUCUCAGCUCGCCUGGAAAUCGCUAGAUUUAGUAUACUUGACACGAAUCAUCAGUCUCUAGCAUUAAUCGGACCAAUAUUUAUUGUAGUAUGCAUUUCAUUACAAAGGUUUAAUUGAAAUUUAAUUUUAUUUCAUAGAAUUGUCUACCAUUACAACGACAACAUCGAAACACCAGUUUACGAAUGGACGUCAGCAGUCAAAAGCGUACAAGAGGUUUUGCCUGUACUGUUGACGCACCCAGACUCCGCCAAGACCUGUACCCGCGUUCCAAAUUCGAUUUCGGAUGAUGUAUGCUUUCUGUUGGAUACGAGCGACUUAACUAAUUACGAAGAUUGGAAAUGUGACGACAUGGGUUCGUGGAAGAAUAAUGGAGUCCAAUACCAUGUUCUACCAACACGUGUUAGCAAUGAAGAACCAUUUCUUCGUGAUAAUAGUGAUGAGCAUCCUAUUAAAAGGAUAUAUUUUAAAAAUAAAUCAUCUUCUGACUUGAAAAAAUAUGUCACAUUUUUGGAACGUAACUUGAUUUUGAUUGCUAGUGCAGUGUAAAUAGAAUAGGAAUAGAAUAGAAUAGGAAUAGAAUAGAAUAGGAAUAGAAUAGGAAUAGAAUAGGAACAGAAUAGGAAUAGAAUAAGAAUAGAAUAGGAAUAGAAUAGGAAUAGAAUAGGAAUAGAAUAGGAAUAGAAUAGGAAUAGAAUAAGAAUAGAAUAGAAUAGGAAUAGAAUAGGAAUAGAAUAGGAAUAGGAAUAGAAUAGGAAUAGAAUAGGAAUAAAAUAGGAAUAAAAUAGGAAUAGAAUAGGAAUAGAAUAGGAAUAGAAUAGGACUAGAAUAGGAAUAGAAUAGGAAUAGAACAGGAAUAGUAUAGGAAUAGAAUGAAAAUGUUCUAUUAAUUAAAGGUUUCACUUAGUAUCGUAAUGGUGCAUACCUUAAGAUAAUAAUUCGCGACACUGUUGACUCUCGAAAGAGCUAGCGUACAUCACGAAAUAAUAAUUUUGCUUUACAAAUCCUUAAAAUCCCUUAUCUUUUUUAAUUAGACUAUCCGACGCUUGUAUUCAUCCAAUAUCUGUUUGAUGGACAGCCUCAUCGUAUCGCACUAGAAGCUCACGGUAAUGCUAAGACACAAAGUGCUCCUGGAUACAUCAGAACAAAGGAAAGUACUAGAUCGCGUUUGAAAGACGUGUGCUCUGCGAAAAACCCGAAAUCAGCGUAUCACAAAGUGCUCAACGAAAAAGGUGGUAUCCGAAGGGCUAACUCUCCAAGUGAUUUGCCUCGUAAUAGAGACCAGGCAAAGUAUAUGAAAUCGACAUCCAAAGGUCCGUCCAUCAAUCAUAUCGACUCCCUCGUUAUAUUAUUAACACAGUGUAAGAGAGAACAGUUGCAACACGAUGAAAAGCUUUUCAUUAGAGAGGUCACUGGUGCCCCAGAAUUACGAUGUGUCCUUGCCUAUAACUGGCAGAUAGAAGACCUCAUCACCUUUUGCACUGAGCCAAAGUCCUUUAGCGUUUUGGGUGUGGAUCCAACGUUCAAUUUGGGUCGCUUCAAUUUGACAGUAACUACUUACCGAAAUCGAAAGGUGGUUACUAAAGAAGGUGAUCACCAUCCAAUCAUGAUUGGACCGAUGCUAUUGAGCCAGACCAAGUCAUUUGAUGCGUACAACUAUUUCUUUUCGAAAGUAAGUCUUUCCCUUUCGUUUUUUGUACGCUGAUCUAGGUUAUCGUAAAGCACUCGCGUGCGUGAGAAACUAUAUAGAAUAUAACACAAAACCUGUAAUUGAGCAAUGGGUUCUUCUUUUAUUAUAUAUACAUGCAUAUAACUCAAAUGCCAUGCAAUAAAAACUAGUAAUCUAUACCCGCUGUAUUUUUACAUGUAAAAAAUAUUAACCAAUCAAACUCGAUAGCGUUUUUCACACAUGAAAAUUACCGUAACAAUAAGAGUCUCGAAUAGCUUUUUUGUCACAUGGUACAAUAUAAUCAAUUAGAAUACGGCAAUACCCGGGUAUUAUUCAUAACAAUGAAGUUGCUUCCGUGUCAGUUUCAAAACAAGAAAUGGCGACGAUAUUCUUUCAAGAUUUUAUUCGUUGCCGAGUUAUUUUAUUAAAGAAAUCUUUCAAAAAAGAAAAUGAAAUUAAAAAGAAACCGCUUAAAGAGGCUGUCAAGUCCGCAAUGUAAACAAACGCUUUUUUUACAUUUUGAACUCUACAGUUGAGUGCUACAGUUGUAAAAUAUGAUUAGAUAUAUAUUAUACUAAAUUUUAACACUUUCUGGUUCGCUAUGCUUGUAAAUGAAUACAGACUAGAGAUUCAAUUCAAGAAAGUUCAAAAUAUACGAAAUAUUAAUAACAUUCCAACGGUCGGGUCCCGACCAUUGGAAUGUAAGCCUGUGCAGAACGUAUGAGUAGAACGGACUUGACAGCCUCUUUAAAAAAGCAAUAUGAAUAGAAAUAUUUUAUUGUGAAGACCUUUUAUUUUGUAAAACAAUAGGAAACUACAGAAAUAGUGUGAAUAUAUAUGGCGGAAAGUACGGGCACGGAAGUUGUUUUACAAACUAAAUUUGACUUACACAUUUAACAUAUUCAAAUGGAGUAUGUGAGGAAUAUAUAUGCACUCGCUGUGGAUAUAAUUCUGUACGUCACGCUUUCUAUAACGUAAUCUACAGGCCUAUGGACUGUAAAAAUUCUACGUGACAUAUUUGUUAAAUGCCGUCCUAACUUAUUCUUUUCACUUUGUACAUUUUCAGUUGGUAGGCUUGAAUAAAGAGGCGCGAAAUGUUCUGGCUUACGGAACAGAUGGAGAAGAAGAGCUUUUCAAGGCACUGAAAUACAACUUUCCAUACGCUGUUCAUCUCCGUUGUUUCAUGCACUUCCGUGAAAACUGCAAGACCCAGUUGAAAAAAUCUAACGUCCCUGAAGCGCACCAGAAGGAGAUUUUGGCAGACAUAUUCGGUCGUCGAGUUGGAGACACGUGGGAAAAUGGUAAUACUUUAUUUAUGUACAGAUUGAAGGACCUUAAACUUUUUCUUUGAGUAUACGUAAAUUAAAAUAAGAUCAUAGCGACAUAAUCAUACAGGAAUCAUUAUCAGUAAUAUCAUAAAAAAUAUAUAGUGUAGUUAGCUGUUAAACCAUCCUCUAAAUGAGGGUCAUUGAGAAAAAUGUUAAGGGGGCCCGACGGAAUUUUACUUGAUUUAAUGACUCGAACCGAGUGGGCGGUUUACACAGGCGGUUGGGCUAGGGAGGCUGUGUAGCCCCCCCCCCCAAGAUAAAAAGUGAGUGGGCUAACCCCCCCCCCCCUCCCUCCACACACACGAAAAGAAAAAAGAAGGAAAAGAUAACUGAGGAAGGGUCAAAAUGAAAGUACCAAAUAAAUUUCUGCCCAGAACUAAUAAUAAGUCAAAUGACCAAGCUUCGGAGUGUGAUAUCUUCCCCAAAUUCUGGGUGGUCUAUGACGGAUCAUCCCAAUUAAAGUUUGUCGGACCCCCCUCCCCCCAACUUAAGUAAUUUUCCGCCGUUUCUGGCGGUUCUCUAACUAAUAUACACCUCAUUUCAUGAUAUUAGUUUAUAAUAUCACAUGGGGUAACUCAAUCGGGGUAGUAUCAGUGAUUAAUUGAACCGGACACUGCAAAAUACGCAAACAUGAUAUUAUGAAAUUUAAACUCUUAAAAAUACAAAUAUUCAAUUCAAAUGCAGGUCUUGUUGACGCCAUCAACGAGGAAGAUUUUGCGACAAAGCUGUCACUUUGUAAGGCUGUGUGGGAUCAGAAGGAAAGACGUUAUCUGCCUCUCAACCAAGAACCAUGUUUCUACAAUUAUAUUCUGGAAAGGGUAACGACGUUUCCUAAUUUAGAUAUUUUUGGGAAGAAUAAAUUUGUACAUUGAACCUGAGGGUUUUUGAGAAAUAUGAGAUAAAUCAACAUUAAACACUAUUUUUAAUGACUGUAUUUCGUGAUUUUUCUAGAGCUCUAUGAUAAAUCAAUGUAUGGCAAAAAGUGUCCGACGUAAUGCAGGUUUGGGCGAACCACCGGUUCCGUACUACACAAACGAUUCGGAAUCGUGCAACGCAAUGAUCAAAAGAGCUGUCCAUUUCAAGGAAAACGAGAUUUCAGACUUUGUCCGUGAGAUGAGCGUCUUAUUACAGCAGCAAAGGAAUGAUGUAGAGUCGGCCAUUUUCAACAAAGGUCCUUUCAAAUUGGCAAAUGAUUUUAGAAAGUUUUACGUUUCCGAAACAGACUGGUUCAAAAAGAGAAAUGAGCAGAGGGAUCAGCACAUGGACAAUUUCCAGAGAGCAAAGAUGGCCAAUGAAACAGGAAAUGAAGACUCGACCUCUGCUGGUACAUCAACAACUACAUCGAGUCGAGGUUUGUCUCUUGACCUGGUUGAUACAAACAUUGUUUCUCUUCCCGUCGUAGCGCUACAAGCCAUCGUGAAAAAGUCAGAGGAGUUGCUGAACCGUCAAGGUGCGAUUAUUCCCGCUCCUGGUAAUAAUAGUGCAUAUAUGGUGGAAAGCCAAAUGAGCACAAAGCCUCACUUUGUGGAAUUAAAAAAAAAUGGAAAGGUCGUUUGCGAUGGGUGCCCGUCGUACGUAUCAGCAAAGCUAUGUUCACACGCAGUCGCUGCAUCCGAAAAAGCCGGAACUCUUGCAAGCUAUGUUAAAUGGCUCACGAAGAAAGGCCCAACGAAUAUAAAUCUUACUUCUUUCGUGACCUACGACAGCAGCAAGAAUACUGGGAAAAAGAAUCAGAAAGCUUCUACGGUUAGAAGAAAAGGUGGUAGAAGCAAGAACGUACAACCGGCCAGUACAACAGUCGACAGACCAUUUUACGGAAACAGAUUUGCCCCUAAUUUGCAGCUGUCACGUCAACCGCCAAGUCAACAGUCACAUUAA